AGCUCGGCCGCGGCGCCGCGACGCUAAACAAGUGGACGGCCUGUGUUAGCAACGAUUGUUGGUCGCAAGUUUAUUGCGCACAAGCUGCGAAGCCGUGAGACGCUUUAGGCUGCACCCUGGGCACCACAGCCACAGCUGCAUCUACUGAGUGGAACAGCCAGCUGCCAUACGCGCCGAACCGAUCGUGUAUUAAUCGCAUCGAUGGCGGAAACAUACGCACGAAUGGAUAAAAGCAGCGCCGACGGCAUGAAGACGGCAGACGCCGCCGUCGCAGCCGUCGUCGACGGCUGGGCGCGCGUGCGAGACGACUCAAUGAGCAAUGUCGAGUGGGUCGUCUAUGUGCUAGAUGGGAAGACCUAUCGUCUCGCGGCCGAGGGCUCGGGACGACCGGAACUCGUCGCGGCGCUAGACGAGGCCGCGGUCAACUUCUGCGGCCUCCUCGACGGCCCAGCGAAUGCGCGGAAGUUCUACCACCUCCUCUACGUCGGCGCGGACGUGGGCAUCAUCAAGCGCAACAAGGCGCAGCUGCAAAAGUCCGCGGUGUUCAACGCGAUGCCCGGCGCGGCCGGAGAGGUCCAGCUCCCUGCAGACGCCAAGACGCCUGAGCGACUCGCGGAGCUGCUCGUGUAAAUGUUGUAAGUUAGGAAUUUCAAG